AAAACGGGAAAUUUAUUCCGAACCUGUGUGCAGACAGCGACCCCGGGUCAUCGUUCGUUUGUCGCCGCAUGUCAGCAAUCUUUACGCGAUUCUCGUGAAUGCUCGCAGUGUGCUGUUAUCGGCGCACCCGGUGAAACAAUGCUGGCCGUGUGUCGUUCGUAGAUUCCUCUGGCAUCCUGCUAGAGCGAAAUCGCAUUUGCCUCUUCAUUAUUAAUAACUGUCGAGUUUAUCUUUGUUUUUAACAUUUUUGUUCUUUUUUUUAUCUCGCCGGUAACGUUGACGACGAGACGGAAGCCGGGAACUCAGUAUGAUGGAGGUUAAUGAAUCGCCCUCGGCGGGAUUCACGCCUCGGGAUUACGUUGAUUUAGAUAGCGUGGUUAAUUAGCCGCAAUUGUGAUCGGCGUCGCUCACUAACUCGUAAGUUUCAAGUUUUCGUGGAACGGAAUUAUCGAAUUAUCUUUUCGAGGUAAAGCGGCGUGGGACGAUAUUUGCGCGAUAGACCAUCACGCCGCGGCGUGACGAGUGAAAAAUUCCAUAAGGAUGCAACCGUGCGGGUGCAACUGCUUUCUUGCUUUGUCGAUGAUUCAGCCCGCGGCUUCGGCUUGACAUUUACACUUGCACUUCGGCGUGCCGGGGAGACGCCACAUGCUCGGUGCAUUCCGUGCACAACGUGACUCGCCGCCCCAUCGGCGAGUUAAAUCCGAAAAGUUCAAAGUGACGCGAGGAGACGUCAGUCGUAUGAAUCACACAUUGCUCAUCCACGGCCGCCGCAGCUCUCCGCUGGUGGUAACCUGUCAAUCAGCCCACGAAGUCCUAGCUUAAGGAGAUAGCUGUACAUAAUUUUCUUCACCCGGAAGAGCUUAGGUAAGAUGCAAAAAAAAGAGGAAACGUCACAAAAACUGCCUGCGCGAUAACGCGAGUACCGUUGGCAAAAAGAUAGAAUUCGAGAGACGGGGAACGGUGUUUUUUAAAGUAGGCAACGAAGUCGACACGAAGAUUUCAGAGAAGAAAGACACGAAGAAGUAGAAAAAGCGGGACUGCUGUUUUCAGAUCAACGACCGAGAGAGAUGUCCACAGCGUUGCUAGCUGUGUUCGCCGUGAUCCUCUGCAUCCUUUUCAGGAUACUGAACGUCAAUAGUGCUCCGCAGAAACCGCUCCUCGUUUGCAAGGACCAAUCUUUCUUAUCGACGAUACUGAAGAUCGCGCCGCUCAUUGCCGAACCAUACAAGCCGACGAGGUUGUGGGGUUUCAGCGGGCACGUACAGACCAUCGUCCACAGUGUUAUAGGGCGCGUUCGAUGCCCUUGGCCCAUUGGCGAACGUGUGUCCAUCAGUCUUUCCGAUGAUACCACUCUUACGUAUGAUCUCUAUCAACCGUUGACCAAUGGACACGAAGAUGAUAUAACGAUAGCCAUUUGUCCCGGUAUCGGGAAUAGCUCGGAAAGCGUUUACAUCAGGACAUUCGUGCACUUCGUCCAAUGCCACGGCUACCGAUGCGCGGUACUUAAUCAUGUCGGGGCCCUUUCUAGUGUCAAGAUCACGGCACCCAGAAUAUUCUCUUACGGUCACACGGAUGAUUACAAUAUGAUGUUACAAAGCUUGGUAGAAAAGCAUCCUAAUACUAAAAUAGUUUGCAUCGGAUACAGUUUGGGCGGAAAUUUGGUAACAAAAUACCUAGGAGAACGCGGUUCCAAUAAAUUGCCUAAUAUUAUAGGAGGCAUAUCGAUUUGCCAAGGAUACAACGCUCUCGAAGGAACAAAGAUUCUGUUAAACUGGCAGAACUUUAGACGCUUCUACCUAUACGUGAUGACAGAAUCGAUGAAGAACCUCAUACUCAAGCACAAAAAUAUGCUUUUAUCCGAGGACGUGAAGCAGAGAUGUAACCUGAACGAACGUGAUAUAAUCUCUGCAGCGACGUUACCCGAAUUGGACGAAGCAUACACGAGGAAGGUACAUAACUUCAGAUCUGUACAAGAGUUGUACAAAUGGAGUAGUUGCGUAUUUUACCUAGACAAUAUUACAACGCCGAUGGUAUUCAUUAACGCGUUAGACGAUCCCGUCGUACCUGAAGUAUUAUUGAAGCCAAUCAAGGAUCAUGCGGCAAAACACUUAAACACAUUGUACGUGGAGGUAGCUCACGGAGGUCAUCUAGGCUUUUACGAGGGAGGUCUUUUAUAUCCGAAUCCUAUAACGUGGUUGGAUCGAUCCUUGGUGUCUCUCGUAGGCUCUCUAACUCUAGCGCAUGCAGAUAAAGCUCUCAAAGCAUCUUAACUUAAUUUUAGCUGGAUUAAUGUAGACGUAUUAUUGGGCGUUGAUUGCCAAAACACGUUACAUACGAUCUUGCGAGAUCUAUCAGCACUGCACUUAACCCCUCGUUGUUGGGUAAUCGAGGUGGUUUUGACGACUGAGAAUGCGAUCGAAGAACGAAGACGGCAAAUCGUCUAGUAAUACGGCAAUAGUCUAGUAAAAAUAUUUUGUACACGCUUUUUGAUGAUUAUUUCACGAGAAACAAAGUUCGUAGAAUUGCAUUUUGUUUUACGAGUAAAAUAAGUAAUAAAGUGUGACUGAAGUAACAAACAAACAAACAAACAAACGUUUGCUCAUUACAAUUUCGAAAUUGGAUAUAGCUUUAGAACGUCGGUAAAAUAGCUGUUCACGAUUCUUUACACGUAGUUACGAUUAGCGGUAUAUUUAUUAUUGUACGAUCUAGCGCGAUAAAAUUCGACAGCCUAAUUUCCUAAAAAAACAUAAAGCAGAGACGCGAAAUAAUCGAUGUUUUUCACGUCUCACCAACACUUCUUUCUCAGGGAUCUUUUAUAGUGCGACGGUUCAAUGAGAAGACCUUUGAUGGUCUUAUCAGAAUGUUUGGAGGUGCUCACUGUAUAAGCAAGUUAAUCAUUACGAUAUACGCAUUGAGUGUAAAUUACAUGCAAUACGAAAUAUCUUGUGUGUAUAUAUAUAUACUUGAACAGAAAACAACUUGUAUUUAUGUACAAUUAAAUGUAUUACUAUAUAAGCUAUAUACCAAUUUUUAAGAUGUAUUUAUAAACGUGUCUUGAUCACAAUCUAAGAUGUUCAGCUUUAUCGAUAUGGAAAAAUUGUUGUCAUCGUACAGCCAAUGAUGUACGUUACUUGAUCUGGGAUUGGCAAUAAUGUUGGAUUUUCAAGAAAAUCAAAUUCAAUGUAAAGCAAAUUUACAAUUCCGCAAAUGUAUUUCAAAAGUGUGUACAUCAAAUAUUAAAAGUGUAAUGUAAAUAAAAUAAUGCUUUAAUUGAAAUUAUAGGCGAGCUAUAGAAUAAAUAUUUUAUGAAUCUAUAUUUCAUGAAUCCAACUUUAUUACUGGCUGGUUCAUGCAGAUAACAAAUUUAUAUAUUUUGUAAUUUUGGUUACGUAUAUGAGAUUAAAAACUCUGGUGAAACAACCAAUACAUCUGCGCAUUUGAUAUUAUAAUAUAUAUAUGUGUGUGUGUGUGUAUGUAUGUGUGUAUAUAUAUAUAUAUAUAUAUAUAUAUAAGCAAUGUAUAUUAUUUAAUGUAAAUAUGAAGAGUUGUAUUAUGAAAUAUUACACGUUGCGUUGUUAGAAUUUGUUCCACACUGAUUUAUUAUAUAUGCUUUUAUUAUAAUACAAUUUCACGAAUAUACGUUAUAUUUAAUCCGUUAUAUUCCAUGCGAUACACUCAAAAUAUCUUGUUCACGAAAUAUAAUAGAUCUUGAUGCGAGUGUGGAAUAUAACGAAUUAAUACUAUAUUAGAUUGUAUAUAACGUACAUUCAAGAUAGCAUAUUAAUGUGGUCUGCCACGAUGAGUCCAUAUUGAUAAAGUUAAUGUGCAAUGUGUAAUAAUUUCCUGAAUUAGACAAUAUAUUUUGACCAAUAGAUUUAAAUUAUGAUAUGCAUGCGCAUCGACCGCGUGGCUUAACUAAAUUUAUUUGCCAUUACUGUGUUUUAAUGAUGAUGAUAAUGAUGAUGAUAAUGAUGAUGUUUCUUCUAACGGUACUAUUAACAACGACAAUUUUAUGUAGUCUCGUUUAAUUAGGUAAAAAAAACAGACGACAUUUUUAAAUACUUGGAAUACUCGUACAACGCAUAACAUGUAAAACGUAAUUUACGUACAAUCGAGUCACUGCUCGACUAAGAAGAAUUUAUUUUCAUGAUAAUUUACACUGAUCAAUUUUGAUGCAAAAUAUGGUGCAAUGUAAACGUUUCAGAAUGUAAUCAAAUAUUCGCAAACGGAUUUUAUUUCAAUUGUAUGAAAGCAAAUGUUAAGAUCGAAUGUGGGAUAUUGAUUAAUAUGCGACGAUAGUUGUAACUCUACAAAGUGUAAUUCGCGAUCAUAAAAAAUCAAGAAGACGUAAAGAGUCUCUAAACAAAGUAGGGAAAAAAUGCUUUUUGUUGAAAUAUUUUAUAGUAUAACUUGUUCUUAUCUCACAUAUGUAUUUAUUUUUCACUGUUAUUAUAAAUGAAAUUGAAUUUAAUUCCUUUUUAUGAGUUCCUUUAUUUUCCAUUAUAUCUUUGCUAAAGUUAACUCUCAGCGCAGAUAUAUAUUUUGAUCACGACAAUAUAAUACUCACACGAUAUACAAAACUAAUGAAACUUGAUAUGCAUACUAUUGGAUACAUUAUAAGAACAUAAAAAAUUUUUUAUACGUGAUGAAUGUGAAACACAGAUCUUAAUGACUUAAAUCAAGAAUAUAAAAUAAUUUCACAACAAAAUUUAUAAGAAAUUUGUACAUAACGUAUAAUUUGCAUAUGUGUAGUUAUAAAAUUAACACUGAAUAAAUACAUACUGAAUAAUUUUUUCGGUGUACACGUGGCUCGAUCUGUCGCGUCUUCAUCUUUAUUCAAAAAAUUUGAAAAAAUUCAUGAAACGUUUGUUUAUCUUAUAAUUGACGCUGCCAUAAUCAUUUACAGUUUUAGAAAGAAAAACUAGACAGGCAGGUUUGCUGGUUUGACAUUUACGAGCAUAUGUUAUUUUGGCUCGGACGUCAUAGACUCACCUGUUUAUUCGGAGGGUUAAGAGUUGUUCCAAUAUUUUUGUAAUUGUUCGAUUACAUAUAUGAUUUAAAACAUCAAUGAACACACCUGAUUUUGUUAUUACAAUAAUGAAACAAAAUUUAUUGAUUAACUUUUACUUUUUUAUCGAAAACUUGGUUAACGAAAUGUUUCUAUCGGUAAUUUUUUAAGAAUAUUUCAACUGUUCAUACUUACACAUCGUAAUUUAGGCAAAAUUCGUUAACAUUUUGCCUUGUCUGUACCUUUAAGGACAGAAUAAUUAUAUUAUAUGUAUGUAUGUAUAUAUUGAGUCAGGCAAGAAAUUCGGUUCGAUUAUCAAUAACUGACAAUAGCAUACACAUAAUAUGUUCAUAAUGUCUAUAUCAUAGAAUAUAGAUAAUAAUGCCUAAUCAUAAACAAUGCUAGUGAUUACUUAAUUGAUGAAUAAUGUGUUUCUACUGAAUGCAAUAAAGUAAAAUUUGAGCA